GAAAAAUACAUUUUAAAUUUUGCAACCACGGAUGGUUUUCCAAAAGCAGUAAAAAAAAAAAGAACGCCCCGCAAGUUAUACGCCAUUUUUGCAGCGCAGAAGUAUGCAAUUGUUGGGGUGAAAAAAAAAAAAAAAAAUCUACGCGGAAAAAUCACAAAUUGUACCAAAAGAUGAACCAGAAGAAGUAGUUACCCCCUCUUUGCAAUAAAAACAACUACGCAGUUGCAGCGUUGCAGUGUUGCAGCGCGAGUGGGAGGAGCCCCUUUCGACGCCUCUAGGGAUGUACUCAGCAGGAAGAUACAUGAUCUGCAAGUUUACCCAUUUUAUACUUCUCCCUGCAGCUGUACGUGGACGGGGGAGGCGUCUCCCAGGCACGGCCGAAGCAUGCGGCUGAAUUGGUCAGCGAGCUGGCAAUCUGACGAUCGGACGCGCUGGUACUCUGCUUCUCCGCUCCUCUGCUUCUCCUCCUCCCCACUUUUCCCACACGUACCUAACUUAACAGCGUGCCAAGAUGACGGACAAGGUGUGCCGCUUGAUGGAAAACAUGGUAUACGAGUUCAACGACCUGAAGAGGAAGGAGCUAUUCACAGACAAGGAAAUCAUAACGAUUGCAAACAAAAGGAGGAACCACGAGUAUACAAUUAACAGCUCAUCCAGCAUACUGCUCCACUUCAUUUUAUACAUCGAAUUCGAAAUGAACUUGGAAAAAAUAAGAGAAAAAAGAAAGCUGAAAAAAAAAAAUGACAUGCUGAACGAAAUUAAUGAAUAUAACAAAUUGCUAAAAAGUCAGUACGAGGAAUGUACAAAUUUGAAGGCAAAAAUGGAAGGCGAAAAAUGCCCCCAAAGGGCCAAAUCCCUGAGGAAGUUACUAAACAAAAACGAACACAACAUUAACUGUUGUAAGAGGAACAUUUUAAAAGUGGAAAAUAAAUUACAAGUACUCAUACGACAUAGCCUAUCAGAUUACUCACUAGUAAAAAGAAUAAUCAACAUCUUCCAAACCUGCCUGAGGAAACAUCAUAAUAACAUAGAAAUAUGGCUACACUAUUUCAACUUCUGCUACGUAAAGCGUAGAAAUGAAAAUCUGGAAAGUGCCAUAUUGAACAGUCUGAAGUAUCAUAUAAAAAAUGAACUCAUCUGGGUCUUCUACCUGCAUUAUUUUUAUAACGUUAGAAAAAAUAUUCAGUACACGAGAAAGCUGUACAUAAGGGCCAUUCUCUUCAUCUCCAAGAGUUUAUCCCUCAACGUUUUAUAUUUCAACAUUGAAUUUGACAUAUUCUACAAACUGCUAAAAAAUUUUAAGCAAAAAGUUGACCAGUCCUCUCGUGAGCAAUUUAACCAAUUCGUUGACUUUUGCAAAAGCAGUGCAAAGGAACAAAACACCAACGACGCUUCAGCUAGCCAAACGAAUGAAGAUAUACUCAAACGUGAUAUUGAUCAGGGGGAUCACACCCCCAUUAAGGAUGAGGAUAAAUAUGGCUUAGAUGUAAUCAUCUUCCUGGGGAAUAAAUAUUUGAAAACGUUUCAAAAUGAGAAGGGCGAUCUUUACAUUUUCAUUUUCCUACUCUUAAAUGUGUACUUAAAAAUGGAAAAAAACGAAUGGAUAAAGAAUUAUGUUCUUCGGUUUGACCAUUUUAAGGAGCUCAUUUUUAGCUCCAUCGAGAGGUACAAGCAGGACCAGCCCUGCUUUUUCUACUACCUGUUUGUGUCCAAAUGUGUUGCUUCCGCACAUUGUAACCUUUCCGAAGACAAAGAUUUCCAGCUUUUAAAAAAUCAAUUUUACAAAAAUGGAGGCAAACAAUCACAGCUGCAAAGCUACUUCGACGUGGAGCAAGUAAACCACUUGUUACGUGAACUGAUGGACACCUUCCACAAUGACCUUAUGAUUUACUUCUUCUGUCUCCUCCUUGAGAAUCUAUUCGAAACAUUUGUAGAGUACAAUAACGUAGAGGAUGUUUUCACCAUCGACGGCUGCGCUGGAGCGCAAUUGCCGCUGUUAACACAGCUUGAUAGUUCCCUCCGUGAGGAUUCCAAAACGGGGGGGAACCAGGCCAAUACGCACCCCAAACUGGGCAAAGAAUCGGAAGAACAAAGCGACAACGCACAUGUGGAGGAAAAAAAAAAUAUCCUCUUCCACAUGAACAAACCCACCCUGACGAACCAUGAAGAAUUACAAAUUUUCCAGUUUUUAAAGGACGAAAUUUUUCUGUGCGGCCCAUACAACUUUAAAAAAAUUAAUGAGGAGUACCUAAAAGAAAGGGACAGCAGCACGUACCAUUUUUUGCACAAGCUGAACUUUGUGGCCUACGUUUGCCUCUUCGAAAAUAGGCACUCAGAUAUAAGUAAGAAUAAUUUCAUUUACAAUUAUGAGCAAAUCAGCCAAAACAGCGACGCCCUUUCGUCUAUAUUGUACUUCUUCCUAUUCGACCCAAAAAAGGUCGAAGCGGGGGAUAUGGCCAAGAAGAAGCACCAUUUGGAGCAACCAGAUCAGGUGAAUGAAGCGCAAGGUGGUCCUAGCAAGAGGCGGAAGAAAGCGCUCGCCCAAGCAUCCCGCAAAGGGGGACAACGGAGGGAUGUUAACAGUGUUUACGAAAGUGAUAGCGAUAACAUGAGUGGCGAGGAAGGCGGCGCAGUAAGCAGCGAAGGUCGCAGUGAAGUUGGCAGCGAAGGAGACAGCCAAAGUGACGCCGACCCUGGUGAGCAGCCCAACCCCAGCGAAGGCAAAGGAAGCUCUAAUGGAGGCGACGACCCAGUCGAACUGAACACGCAACCCACGCGCGAAAACGAAACAGCCAAACAGAAAAUUUCCAUCAUUGAUGAACUGCUUUCUUUACUGAGCAAAGAUGUGGACGUCUUUGUGAAGGUAACCAUUUUGAAGUGCGUCCUAAAAUUGAUCAUAUUUUUGGACAAUAAUCUGUUGAAGCGCCAUUUCAGCGCCACCAUCUCGGAGGAGUGUAAAAAAGUAAGGGGAACUCCCCCCCAAAAAAACUUCCUCAAAGUGGAACUAGCCAAUUUGACCCAUUUGUAUAAAAAGGCGUACAGCGAUGAGUGCACAGCGGAGUAA